AUGUCCGUAAAGUGUUCGAUGCCAGAGUUUAUUGCGCGUUGUUUGGAGGAAAUUGGGCUUGAAGGUCGCUGUGGAAUGCCUUUGCGCGAGCUUUUGGACGUUAUGGACCCAGACAAUGACGUGGAAUACCGUCGUUAUGCUUGGCACGUGCUUCGUAGUAUGGAGAAUCAGCUUCAUUUUCACAUCAUGUGGCCAGUGGAGAACUCGGUUGAUGAUACGAGCAGUGCAAUGGAGAAGAAACCGGUCUUUGGUACAAUGACGAAUCACGGUGCACUUCCACGUCGAAAACGCAAGUGGAAGACGACGUUACUUUAUAGUCACAACUGUGAGUCGUCAAGGAUAAAGACUCGACUGGAUGAGGACACGGAUAGGAUGCCAAAACGACAGAAACACAAGAACCAGCCAUUGCAGCCUGUACUACCAUCCAUGAGACGAAUUGCUGCCCAAAAACAGCGUCGACGGUUGUCCGAUGCUGAUAGUGACGGUCGAGAUAAAGCACAUAAUGGUAGUCGACUACGGACACGGCGACAGAGCAGUAGGGGGGAUGGAGACGGAAAAAUGGUGACAGUAGAGGAAGAUGAAGAUACCGAGACGAAGAAAGUAAUGGUGAAAGAUGAUGAUUUCUUGGAGAAACAGGGUGAAAAACAGGUACAAGUGAAGGAAAGCCUAAAGGUUGAUAGUGAAGAGGAUAUGAAAGAUGCAGCAGAUGAAACUCGGUGGGUCUUACGAAGUCCACGAGGUUUCCGCCUCGGAGAGGAGGUGGACAUUGGUGGACUAAGUUAUGAAGAGGCUGUGACAAGUAACCAAAAUGGCGUGCUUUUAGGUGUCGUAGCAUGCGAGGAUUUACGGCUAAAGUAUCUCGGAGUGCAAGACGCAAGCACUAUGGAUACGAUAUCUCCACAAUUUGAUUUGUUGGAGAUUAUUGGUCGUGCAAGAGUACGUGGAGAAAAUGCUGCAGAAUUGACAAAUUCGAGAUUGUUUGGAGACUCACGCAAGCUGCACUACCUGCUAGAUAUGUUGAUUGUUUCGAACUACGUCGUAAAAAAUAUCGUGACAGCUGAUCAACGACGAUUUAAUAUCGUUCACUUGCGGCGAUUUGCCAGCAAAUUUCACCCAUCCAUGAUAUCGCCAUCCGCUACAAUAGCGGGACAAACGUUCCCGAAAAAGGUUUUGGCACACGUCAUCGUGAGCAUGAUGAAAGCACGAGAAGAACAGACUUGUGUAUUUGCAGACAUGGGACGCGAGUUGGGCUACGGAAAGCGACAGCAGGAGCAAUUACGGAAUUAUUUUAUCCAGCAGAUGAACACGAACCCGAACUUUCCUCUACAGUUGUUUAUGGCGCGGUGCAAAACAGGCAGCGAGUACAUUGGGCGAAAAUUGUGGUGCGUUCGUUUACGUAAAAGUUUAUCUGGUUCAUCUCGUGAGUCUAGUCGGCAACGGGGCUCAUCAGGGACUUUCGAGGAACUUUGUCCUGAUACAAAGACUGUAGCCCGCCUUGUUGUCGAACGUGGAAUCAUGGAGCAAAUGUAUGUGGCCAUUGAAGACCGAGAGGAUAUUGGCGCUACGGUACCUGAACUUCGAGAUGUGCUAGGUGUUCCAACGUUUAAGCUACCAUACAAGUUGGCCCAGGGAUUGAUUACAAAUUAUAAUAUUUCCGUGGAACAAGUUGUUCUGGGUAAGAGCACAAUGUAUCGAAUGUUUGUUCCUGGCGCCACGAAAGGAAAUGCAAGUAGUCAACAUAUUACAGCUAACAAUAGCUCGAAGUCGACAGAUUCUAAUGUGGGCGUGCGAGUAACCCGCGCUGUUGGCAAGUAUAGUACACCUAAAAUAGUGAACAAUAAUGACGAUGGUAACGGUCAGCCUCAACCAGCUACGAUGAAGGAGGCAACACGGGGGAUGGUAAGGGCAUCAACAAUUGACAGACGAAGAAAGUAUAUUUUGAAGCGGGUACAAAUGGAAAAGGUAGUGUCGCUGCAUCAGUUACGUACUAGUUUAAUCGAGAUGGAGCGAGUAGCAGAAUCUAGCACCAUGGACAUCCGAUCAGUACGCCGUAUUGUUGAUGAACUGGUCGAAGAGAAAAAAAUAACUACAAUGGAUAUUGCCUUGCCGCCAAAGCAGCUUUUCCACAAAGCGCAUCGGAAAGUGAAGUGUGCCGUGUUAAUUGGGUACCAGCGCAGCCGUGAAGUAAUACGAGAGUUUGUCAAAUCGUAUGAGGAGGAGCACCAAAGAAAAUAUCAGGCUAAUCUCGUGGACCACGACAAUGAUGACUACGUCGUAGUAACCAAUCGCCGCAAGCAGGGCUAUAGUGGUGGAAAUAUGGUAAAGAAGGUUCAGACUCAGGAUACUCAUGACCAAGAGGUUGUAACGUACAACGCGGUGUCUUACAAAUUGGCACGCCUUGGAUUAGUUAAACUACAAAAGCAAAGUCGGAGGCUUGGAAUGUUUUUUGGCAUGAUGUACAAGUGCCGGACGUUUCAUCUCAUGCUCUGGGAUCGAAUAAAAUUGCUAGGGGCUGGAGAUAAUAUGGAGAGGUAUAAGGUUACACCUUUGGACGGGUCACAUUGUGCUGGGCACGGUGUGAACCAUGACAGUUCUCAGGAGGUGCCAUUCGUGCUAAAGGAUGUUCUGGAUAUUUUGACGGUGAAAGAGUAUGUCCAACUUGUUGGCGUGGCGGAAUUGCUUACUGAUCGAGAAGAGGCUGCCGUUAGGGUAGCCGUCACCAAGGGUGGCUCGUGGGACACGCUGCCUCAAUCCAUUGCUGAAAAGCUUCGAGGGUGUGAAGCAGAUCGGUUUUCGAAGAUUGUUCGUGUGCUGCUCGAUCUAAGGCUCUUACAGAUAGUGCGCGAUACUUCUUCAACUGGUCUCUUCAAUGUGUUUCAAACAUCCGAUGACUUUGAUUCAAUUGUUUCAAGGGUGGCAUUUGCGACAUUAUCGGGAGGAUUGUUUAAGAUCAAGCGCCAUGUUCACAUCAGUGUAAAGCAGGGAAAGACCGUGUUGCACAAGCUUCCAUCCAAAUUUUCAUACGCUUAUGCACCAGGUUUUUCUUGCAAGAGCAAAAGUGAUCAUUUCGCUGGACGUGUUCCUCUCGAAUUCGACUUGAACGAAAAGGACGAUGUUAAAGCAUACUGGAAGUCGCUACGCUUUUUGAGCGUCGAAGGGGCACGACUGGGUACUAAAUCACACGAACCCAACAGUGUGAGUAUAAAGCUUGAUGGUGCCCUGAUUCAGUCGGCCCCUUUAUCAGAUUAUAACAUCUACGUUUUGAAAGCGUGGGUACCCCACGCGACGACGAGCACUAGAAACAGCACUGCUCGAGCCAAAGCAGCAGCGGGGCCUAUCCAGGCGUUGAAGCGUAAGAGCUAUCAGACGGAGAUGCCUUUUGCGGAAGUGUCUUUGCAAAAGCGAUGCAAGAUUGCCAAACCCAGCAAUGGCUCAUUUUCGGCUUCGAUGGCUCCAGUCGAUAAGAGUGGUGUCAGUAAGUUCCGCAAGCACAUUGGCGCAAAGAAAACGCGUCGGACCCAUACAUGGACUCUUGAAGAAGACUUACAGCUGAUUGAUCUCUACCUUGAGCAAGUGUCAUGCAGGUGGUUUAUCGAAGUACCUUUAGCGCUGCAAAAGAAAGAAGAGCGGGUUGCGUUCCGGACCACAAAGCUGUCCCGUACUUUGAUAUCUUGGAAGGAGCUUGGAAAAGCUUUCAAAAAGAAACCAAUUGAAUGUAUGUUACGCAUAAAUGAUUUACUGGAUGCACCCGCUAUUCAUGCAAGGCUGGAGCGAGCUAAAGUCACUAUUACACAAAUGAAAAAUCCUGGUGGAGAAUUUCACGAGGAAGUCGCAAUCAUGCGCCAACCGCGAUUAACAGCAUUACUUUGCCGAGCAUUGCAAGUCGUCUUACAUGAACAAUCCAGUUAUUACUCUGUUAUGGCGGAUAUGCUCAUGAAUCGCUGGAACGAAAGUGAGGUGAAAUUGGUAUGGCGAUAUUUAUGGUUGGCUGGGCUCAUCACGCGGACACCUCAGGCAAACGAAGGGAAAGAUCAAAAACAGCGAGGCUUUCAAGUCCAUUCCAAGGUGUUCGAGAUGAAAAGCUUGAAGAUUGCCCAUUACUUAAUGGAAACGUUUUGCGAGGCUGCCAAAUUUUUAUCAUUCGUCAACGAAAAUGUCGACGAAGCUAUGAUGGUUGCUGAAGAGAAUGAUCGCUGCUUUGAACACGAAAUUGAAGCGGACAUGUCACCUGGGCAGGCUGCUGUGGCAUUGUCUUCGAUGGUUCUUGGAUUCUCACAACUUAUCCCAGCAUAUGUCGCACCGAGUAGGCGCCCAGAAAGACGCGAGAUUCAGCGGAUGAUGGCUGUGAAGGGUCUAGCAGGUCAUUUAUCGCAGCAGUGGGGUGGGGUAUUCCCGGAGGAUUUUCUGAGGGACUAUUGGACGGUGAAGUCCGUGUUUGGGAAUUCUGAUGUGAAUACGAAAGCGCAAAAUAUGAAGGCGAUGCAAGCUUUUUCAGACAACGGUCGAAUCUACCAAGAAGUAAGCCAAUGUAUGAAUACUAAAUCAAGAAAACACACGCCGGAGGAUUCCAUUCUAUCAUGGCUAUCCAUCACGCUGACUGAAUCUGCAAAGAUAGGCUCGACACUGGAUGAAUUGAGCGAAAAAUAUGCAGCAUCUGGACUUGCAAAAGAAUCAAAAUGCAACACUUCGGCAACCCUAUUGAUCCAGCGCGAGAUAGAUAACAUGAUACACGAAGGCAAAGUGCUCGAGGUGAAUGGGUAUGAUCAGAGCCGCUUUAUACUUCAGGAAUUUUCAGACCUCUGGACGCUUCAUCCCUACCGGAUUGCAAGCGAAUCGACAGCGGAGAAGGUGCACUUUCUGUUCGAUAAAGAUAGUAGUGUUGUUGCACGUCCGUGGUUCCAUUUGGAUGGAAGCGUCAACAUAAGGAUAGCGUUCAAAUUGAAGCGCAAGGUCGUAAACAUCGUCAUGUGCUGCCCUGGAAUCCGAGAUGACGCUAUUCACAGGAAAAUGCGCAAGAUUUUUAGUCUGCAGGACAUGCGCUUCCUCUUGGAAGAACUGAUGGCUAGUGGGAUAAUUUACGCUAGAGUGUCCCGUGAUCCUCAACCGCGUGUCACCAAUGUCUUCGACAUACAAAAGAGUCCUCAAGGAUGCAAGGCCGAUAUUAUGGCUUUGUCACCUGGAGAACUACGACACGUUGAUUUCUCUCGAGAUCGCCUUCACUACUUCCCGUCAGUCGAUUGCAUGGAGCUUCUUGGAGCGGAAGUCUGUGACGCAGAUCUUGGGUGA